AUGGGGAAAUUACUUUUACUAUUCCUCGCACUUGCUGCCACUUCUGUAUGCGGCUUUCUCAGAGUGCCACUGUACCGCAUGAAAACCGUUCGCAAGCACUUCCAAGAAGUAGGGACUGACCUGCAAGUGCUGAGGAUCAAGUAUGCUGUAUCCGGACCAGCUCCAGAACCCCUGUCAAACUAUUUAGAUGCACAAUACUACGGGCCGAUUUCCAUCGGGUCUCCGCCGCAGACCUUCAAGGUGGUGUUCGACACGGGUUCCUCCAACCUGUGGGUGCCCUCCAAGAAGUGCCACUUCACCAACAUCGCCUGCCUGCUCCACAACAAGUACGACAGUAGUAAGUCGAGCUCGUACCGCGCCAACGGCACGGAGUUCGCCAUCCACUACGGCUCCGGCAGCCUGUCCGGCUUCCUGUCGCGCGAUGACGUCACGGUGGGCGGCAUUACGGUGCGCGGCCAGACCUUCGCCGAGGCCAUGUCGGAGCCCGGCCUCGCCUUCGUGGCCGCCAAGUUCGACGGCAUCCUCGGCAUGGCCUUCAGCAGCAUCUCAGUGGACAGCGUGACCCCUGUGUUUGACAACAUGGUGGCGCAGGGGCUGGUGAAGCCAGUGUUCUCAUUCUACCUCAACCGGGACCCGAGCGCGGCGCAGGGCGGCGAGAUCAUCCUGGGCGGCUCCGACCCGGCGCACUACUCCGGCAACUUCACGUACGUGCCCGUCAACCGCGCCGCCUACUGGCAGUUCCACAUGGACGCCGUGCGAGUCAACGGGAAGGCAUUCUGCGCCAACGGCUGCGAGGCCAUCGCGGACACGGGCACGUCCCUCAUCGCGGGCCCCAGCGGGGAGGUGGAGGCGCUGAACAAGGCGCUGGGCGCGACGCCGAUGGCGUUCGGCCAGUACGCCGUGGACUGCUCGCUCAUCCCCAAGCUGCCCGCCGUCACCUUCACGGUGGCCGGCACGCACUUCACGCUCGAGGGGGCCGACUACGUGCUGCGCGUGACACAGUUCGGUAAGACGGUGUGCCUGUCCGGGUUCAUGGGGCUGGACAUCCCGCCGCCCAACGGUCCGCUGUGGAUCCUGGGCGACGUGUUCAUCGGCAAGUACUACACGGAGUUCGACGUGGCAGGGAAACGCAUCGGGUUCGCGCCCGCCGUCUGA